AUGGCUCGUGCUUUUUUCCUGCCGGAGUGCCGUGCCUUCCCACGGCUGUCCUGCAGAUCAGGCCGUGCAGGCCUGAACCAUCAGAAUCGCCAGACGUCGUGGACCUGGCGGACUCGGGUGGCAUUGCAGCUGUCCUUGGGCUUUCGGGGCGCUUUGGCGUGCGCUGCUAGCAGCUGCGCGGCCAGGUUCUGCAGCAGGAUGGCACGUCCAGCCUUCGGCGUUGACAGCAGACGGCCCGUGUUUGUCGUCGGUAACGAAGCGGCCGACGUGGACUCGCUGGUGUCAGCGUACGUCAUGGCCCAGCUUCUCGAAAGUCCAGACGUGCAGGGUAUCGCUCUGGCGCAAAUUCCGCGAGAGGAGUUCCGAUUGCGAGGCGAUGCGCUGGCACUUUUCAAGGAGGCUGGCAGCAAGGUUCUGGCAGAUGGAAGCCCAGUUCAUCUCCACUUCUGGGAUGAGAUAGAUUGGUCUGCUGUGGACGGUCUCGAGGGAAGAUCUGUCGUGCUGACAGACCAUAACAAAAUGACUUCGCCAAUGGCCAGCCACUUUGAUGGGCGUGUAGAGUGGGUGCUUGACCAUCACGCUGGUGGUAUCCAGUAUCCUGAUGCUCGCAAUGACAUCGACGAGGGGUUGGGAUCGUGCUGUUCGCUUGUGACGGAGCAGCUUCUUCAGAGGAGCUCUGCGAAGUCCAGGGAACUGGUCACUUUGCUAGCGGGAGUCAUCCUGCUGGAUUGUCGAAACUUCGACGAGAAAGAAAAGAAAGGUACAGACAGGGAUCGAGCGGCUUUGGAGCAGCUCCAGGGCUUGGUUCCGAUGAAGGGGACCAAAGCUUGGUACAAGGAGCUCAUGCACGCAAGGAAAGACGUGUCGCAUUUGUCGGUACGGGACCUGAUGUUGCUAGAUACAAAGGUUGUAUGCUUGCGAGGGCUAAAUGUUGCCUUUGCGAGCAUCUUCGGCACGGUUCAAGAAAUUUCUGCCAAAGCGGGCGAAACAUCUUCCGUUGUGGAAGCUGCCCGGCUCUUGGCAAGAGACCGCGGCUACCAGGCUGUGGUUCUGCUUUUCAGCAAGGACAAGACAAACGGCAAAAAGGCACUGGCCUUCGUUCCUCUCGAAAAUCCCGAAGCACAGGAACUCUGCAAAGUCAUUGUGACGCGAAUGAUGGAAAGUCCAGGUGAGCUGCCAGAGGAUCUGCGCAAGAAUCCUCUUUACGAGACUCAGGGGCUUCUCGAGACCGGUUUCCAGCUGGAGCUUCUGAAGGAGAUGAGCCCUUUGCACGUUUACCACAUCAAGGGCGAGGUCUCCAGAAAAACCGUGCUGCCGAUGGCGACCUACGCUGCACUCUGA